CUUUCCGGUCAAGAUGGCGGCGCCCAGGCGGGCCGCGCCGAGGUGAGCUGGAGCUGGGCCCGGAGGGGGACGAGUCUGCCACGCCCAGGACCUGGACCCCGCGCUGGUCUCCAGUCUCCCGGGGAGCGGCGGGACUAUUUAUCAAGGAUCUUCCUGUUCUCUAUGCUUGGACGUAUCAAUGAAUAAAUCAGACAAGAGCCUUUGCCUGCUUGCUCCUUCUUGCACGCUUUCUCCCUCCUUACACUCUCGUGUGGAAACGGAUGUUAUAAAUAAAUUCUAUGCUUUGUCACAAGUUGAUGGACGCUACGGGAUAAGGAAAAGGAUGUGAAGCUCACUGAAGAGGCUUGGGUUGGGAGUGCUGGAGGAGUGUACAGGUGGGGAAAAUGUACCAGCGUGUAUGCCUACUGGGACCACGUUUUCCAGAACAGUUAAGCCCAGUGUCAACUAUGCUGUCCCACCUUCCUCUCGUAGUGAGAAGAGAGCAGGCUGAAUGGAAGAAAGUCAUUAUGACCACUGGGGCCACUAGGCCCACAUGGGAUGAUUGUCAGCAGCUGCUCCAGACUCUCCUAACGACUGAGGAGAGGCAACGGGUUCUUUUAGAAGCCAGAAAAAAUGUAUUAGGCGCCAAUGGGCAACCUACCCAGCUGCCUAACGAGAUUGAUGCUGGUUUCCCACUCGUCAGGCCAAACUGGGAUUUCAAUGCCCCGGAAGGUAGGGAGCGCCUGAAAAUGUAUCACCAGGCUCUGGUGGCGGGUCUCCAUGGAGCGGCCAGACGGCCCACUAAUUUGGCUAAGGUAAGGGAAGUAACUCAGGGGCCCCAGGAAUCGCCAACUGUGUUCCUGGAACGUUUAAUGGAAGCCUUUAGACGCUUUACCCCUUAUGAUCCAACUUCGGAGGGACAUAGGGCUACUAUAGCAAUGGCUUUCAUAGAUCAAGCGGCCCCUGAUAUUAAGAAGAAAUUACAGAGGCUAGAUGGCUUGCAGGGAUUUUCGUUUCAGGAGUUAGUAAAAGAGGCAGAUAAAGUAUAUAACAAAAGAGAAACAGAGGAAGAGAAGGAAGAAAGAAAGCAGAAAGAGCAGGAAGCCCGUGAAAUAAGACGGGAUAAGAGACAGGAGAGGAAUUUAAGUAAGAUACUGGCCACUGUGGUUGGAGGAAGAAAUAUAGGGGAUAGAAAUAGGCAGGAAGGGCGAACGGCAGACAGAAGGCGGCCAUUAGACAAGGACCAAUGUGCCUACUGUAAAGAAAAAGGACAUUGGGCGAGAGAAUGCCCUAAGAAAAAGAAUGGAGGAAGGCCAACCAAAAACAAAAUCUUAACAUUGAAAGAAGAAGACUACGAAAGUCAGGGCUCGAACCCUCUCCCCGAGCCCCGGGUAACUCUUAAAGUGGAGGGGGAACCUGUUCAGUUUUUGGUAGAUACCGGAGCCCAGCACUCCGUCCUUCUCCACUCAGAAGGUCCUAUCUCAGCUAAAAGGUCAUGGGUACAAGGAGCCACUGGGAAUAAACAAUAUUCAUGGACCACACGAAGGACAGUAGAUCUUGGGAUUGGACGAGUAACCCAUUCAUUUUUGAUUAUUCCGGAAUGCCCCUAUCCUUUGCUGGGAAGAGAUUUACUCUCCAAAGUAGGGGCUCAAAUCCACUUUCAGCCAGAAGGUCCCACCAUAACUGAUAAUAAGGGAAGGUUACUUCAAAUAUUGACUAUGAAAUUAGAAGAUGAAUAUAAAUUAUACGAGCAGCCUUCAUCCUCACGAGUUAAUGUUACUGAUUGGGUAACUCGGUUCCCUCAAGCCUGGGCAGAAACUGCCGGAAUGGGGAUGGCCAAAAAUCGGUCCCCGGUGCUAGUGGAACUCAAGGCAACUGCCACCCCAAUAACGGUCCGUCAAUACCCCAUGAGUAGAGAAGCCAAAGACGGUAUCCGUCCCCAUAUACAGAGGCUACUAGACUUGGGCAUCUUAAUAAGAUGUCAAUCAGCAUGGAACACCCCUCUCCUGCCGGUAAAGAAACCAGGAACAAAUGAUUAUCGGCCGGUGCAGGAUCUACGAGAGGUAAACAAACGGGUGGCAGACCUCCACCCCACAGUUCCAAACCCUUACAACCUCCUGAGCACUCUUCCACCUCAACAUAUGUGGUAUACUGUUUUGGACCUUAAAGAUGCUUUUUUCUGUUUAAGACUCUCUCCCCUGAGCCAACCCUACUUUGCCUUCGAAUGGAAAGAUCCAGCAUCGGGAAUGUCUGGUCAGCUGACAUGGACAUGGCUACCUCAGGGAUUUAAGAACUCCCCGACCAUCUUUGAUGAAGCCCUCCAUCAGGAUUUGGCAUUAUAUAGAGAAUCAAAUCCCCAGGUAACAUUACUCCAAUACGUUGAUGAUAUUUUAUUAGCUGCUGAGACCCAAGAAGAUUGUAUCAAGGGUACUGAAAAACUGUUAACGGAACUUGGAACCCUGGGAUAUAGAGCCUCAGCCAAGAAAGCACAAAUAUGCCAACAACAGGUCAGUUACCUGGGGUAUCUAUUAAAAGGGGGGCAAAGAUGGCUCACGGAGAGCAGAAAGGAUACGGUGGCCCAAAUUCCGGCUCCCAAAAACGCCAGGCAGGUUAGAGAAUUUUUGGGGACGGCCGGAUUCUGUAGACUAUGGAUUCCAGGGUUUGCUGAGCUGGCAGCCCCAUUGUACCCCCUAACCAAAAACAGCACUCUUUUCGUUUGGGGCGAUACGGAACAACGGGCUUUUGACCAAAUCAAACGAGCUUUACUUUCAGCUCCAGCCCUAGGACUGCCAGAUGUAACCAAACCUUUUCAUUUAUAUGUGGCCGAAAAUAAGGGCAUUGCAAAAGGAGUAUUGACUCAGAAAUUGGGUCCCUGGAAUCGCCCAGUUGCUUAUUUGUCAAAAAAAUUGGACCCUGUGGCAUCAGGAUGGCCCACCUGUUUAAAGAUAAUCGCUGCAGUGGCCGUUCUAGUCAAAGAUGCUGACAAACUAACUUUAGGACAAAAUCUAACGAUAACAGCUCUUCAUGCCCUGGAAAACGUAGUCCGUCAACCACCGGAUAGGUGGCUAACUAAUGCCAGGAUGACCCACUACCAAACCCUGUUGCUAAACUCAGAUCGCAUCAAGUUUGCUCCAGCCACAGGACUCAAUCCAGCCACCUUGCUACCUGAUCCUGACUUGGAAGGCUCCACCAUCAUACAUGAUUGUCAGGAAGUACUAGCCGCAGCACACGGCAGUAGGCCAGAUCUGAUGGACCUGCCCCUCCCUGAUGCUGAUUUCACCUGGUUCACGGAUGGGAGCAGUUUCCUGGAGGAAGGUAAGCGUCGAACUGGGGCAGCCGUGGUAGAUGGAAAACAAGUCAUAUGGGCAGCGGCGCUACCACAAGGGACCUCAGCCCAACGAGCUGAAUUAAUUGCCCUGACGAGGGCAUUAGAGAUGGCAGAGAACAAAAAAGUAAACAUCUACACAGACAGUAGAUAUGCGUUUGCUACCGCUCAUAUCCACGGUGCCAUUUACCAACAGAGAGGGCUACUAACUUCAGGUGGCAAAGAAAUUAAAAACAAAGACGAAAUCGUGGCUUUGUUGACUGCACUCAUGCUUCCUACUAAAGUCAGUAUCAUCCACUGCCCUGGACAUCAAAAAGGAAAUACCCCAAUAAUUAGGGGAAAUAAUAUGGCUGACCAAGUGGCCCGAGAAAUAGCAUCGGGAGAAGUCAUUUUAGGACUGUCAGAUAAAGUUCCUGAAAAACCAGGCCGCGAUGAAGAAAUCAUCCCGGCCACAACAAAAGGAACUUUGUCCCCUCAGCAAGCAGAAUCCAUGUUACAACAGAUGCACAGAUGGACACAUUUGGGGACUAAAAAGAUGGUAGCCUUGUUACAAAAAGCCGGGUACGAAACCCCUGGAAUGACAAAAUUAGCUGAAUAAAUUGUGCAGGAAUGCGUCCCAUGUCAACAGAUAAAUGCUCACAAAGGGAAACUUGAAACUGGAAAGAGACUCAGGGGGGACCGCCCAGGAACUUACUGGGAAGUGGACUUUACCAAAGUGCGUCCUGGAAGGUACGGUAAUAAAUACCUUUUAGUUUUUGUAGACACUUUUUCAGGAUGGAUAGAGGCUUUCCCAACAAAGAAAGAAACAGCUGCUGUAGUAGCCAAGAAGAUUUUAGAAGAAAUUUUUCCUCGAUUUGGAGCAUCAAAGGUAAUAGGGUCUGAUAAUGGUCCAGGCUUCGUCGCCCAGGUAAGUCAGGAUGUGGCCAGAUAUUUGGGGACUGAUUGGAAAUUACAUUGUGCCUAUAGACCCCAAAGUUUAGGUCAGCUAGAAAGAAUGAAUAGGACUCUAAAAGAGACCCUAACUAAAUUGUCCUUGGAGACUGGCGGUACCGAUUGGACGGUGCUCCUUCCUUUGGCCCUAUUCCGGGUUAGAAAUACACCUUCCCGAUACCAUCUUACUCCUUUUGAAAUAUUAUAUGGUGCCCCGCCUCCCCUCCUCACUUUAGGAAAAGAAAUAAAACCUGAUUGUCAAAAUAACACUGACUUAUAUGCUAGGCUACUGGGACUCCAAUUGGUCCAGAAAGAAAUAUGGUCCCAACUCGCCAAGGCCUACCAACCGGGAACACCGGGAGAAACUCAUCCUUUCCAAGUCGGAAGAUACGUCCGUCGGCAUCGAACCCAGACGUUGGAACCUCGAUGGAAAGGACCAUACACCGUCCUCCUCACCACCCCAAUGACCAUAAAAGUGGACGGCAUCGCUGCCUGGAUCCAUGCUUCACAUGUGAAGGCUGCACCAGCGACGGCAUCAUCAGGAUGGCGGGCCCAAAGAACCGACAACCCGCUCAAACUCAAGCUUCUCCGAACCUAAGACUUAUAAUUUUGGUUUUACUGCCUUUACUGACUGUAAGUGAUUUUAGCCCUCAUCUCCCCCAACGUUUAACUUGGCAGGUAAUUUCUCAGACUGGAGAUGUAACCUGGUCCAUUAGUCAUACUGCACCCCCCUGGACCUGG